AGAGAGAGAGAGAAGGUUCAUCUUCCCCACAAAACCUCUGAGUUCCAAGUGGAGAGAGAGAGAGAGAGAGAGAGAGAGAGAUAUGUUGUUCCAGGUGGGAGGUCAAGGGAGUCGUCCCACCUUCUUCGAGAUGUCUGCUGCUCAACAGCUCCCAUCCAGUCUCCGUGCUGCUCUUACCUACUCCAUCGGUGUGUUGGCUCUAAGAAGACCGUUCCUCCACAAAGUGUUGGAUUAUGAAGACGAAUUCUUUGCUGCGCUUACCCUCAUUCUUGAAACCCACAGUUUACGCACCACUGAUGCUUCUUUUGCAGAGUCUUUAUAUGGCUUACGAAGGAGAGCAGUUAAUGUUCAGGUGAAAAAGGAAGACCUUCAUACAGAAGCAGGAAAUAGAAUUCAAAAUUCUGGACUAAGGAAGCGUCAAAAGCUUCUCUCAGUUGUCUUUCUGGUUGUGUUGCCAUAUUUGAAGUCAAAGUUGCAUUCAAUCUAUAAUAAAGAAAGAGAAGCUGCACUUCAAGCUAGUCUUUGGGCAAAUGUUAACGAAAGGUUUGAUGAAAUUGACAAUUUGGGUCAUGCCGGCAGUUCAUUUGCUUCAACUAGUGGUUUGGAUACAGACUUGUCUGUUAGAACACGCUUCAGAAAGAGAAUGCAUAAGAUUGUAGCUACUUGCUACCCCUGGCUGCAUGCUGGGAGUGAAGGAUUAGCAUUUGCUUACCAGCUGUUAUACCUCUUGGAUGCUACUGGGUUCUACUCCCCAGGAUUACAUGCGCUUGGACUCCAAGUUUGUCGGGCUACGGGACAGGAGCUGAUGGACACGUCUUCGAGAAUUUCCAAAAUAAGAAGUAACGAACGUGAAAGACUACGUGGCCCUCCUUGGUUGAAGGUAGUACAGGGAGCAUUGCUCACUUGUGCUUAUUCAGUUCUGGACUAUGCACAAACUGGUCUGAUAGCUGCAGUAUUUGGUUUUAAGAUGAUGGAAUGGUGGUACCAAUCUGCCGAGGAGAGAAUGUCGGCUCCAACCGUGUAUCCUCCACCACCUCCUCCUCCCCCACCAAAGGUUGCCAAGGAGGGCAUCCCGCUGCCACCUGAUCGGACCUUAUGUGCCCUAUGUUUGCAGAAGCGUGCAAAUCCUUCAGCGAUUACAGUUUCUGGCUUUGUGUUUUGCUAUGCUUGCAUCUUCAAGUAUGUUUCCCAGUAUAACCGCUGCCCGGUUACCUUGGUUCCUGCAACCGUGGACCAGAUUAGGAGGCUGUUCCAUGACCUGUAGAAAAAGCUUCAUACCAAACGGAGAAGCUUUUAGCUGCAGAUUAACGGGUUUACCCGAAAGAAUUUGAUGGAUAAAUUAGAACUUGUGAGUUUCUUCUAAGCCAUCAUAUGUGAUUUCAUCCCUGAACUGAGGGAACCCUAGAUGUCUAUGAGUUCAUUGUUGUAGACUAAUGAUAAAAGGAAAGGAAUCCCAUAUGUAGCCUCACUUUCUUUGUAAAUAAUGAGAGUUUAAUUUAUCAUCUAUGGUGUUAGAUUAAUGGAAUUAUACAUGUCUUUAGGAAUUACAAUAAUGCAAUGAGUUAAAAUGGGCUCUUUCUCACAAUUGCUA